AACUCGCCGUCGGAGUCAGCGAGAUUGCGCUCAACCUCACGUGCGCCCGCUGCCGGCUACCUAGCAGUUAAGGCAGCCGGCACAGCUAAGCACCGCACAAGAUCCGAAAGAGCUGCAACAACAUGGCCGUCUCAAUGCUGCAUACGCCCUCCCGGGCUUCGACAUCCUCAGCAGGCUCCUCAUUCAUACCAAUGACACGGCAGAACACCAUCAGUUCGCAAGACGGGGGCACGCGCUCGUUGCGUGCCUCCAAGCGAUACUCGGUUACGGCGCUGUAUCUGUCCAUGAACGCCAAUCAGCGGGAUAUGGAGAUUGAGGAUGAUCUGGCAAGAGCUCAAAAAGCGCUGCGAGAACUCAAGUCGCGAAUAUCGUCACAGUCCAAGAAGAACUUUGUGCUAGAGAAGGACGUCCGCUACCUCGACUCGAGAAUAGCAUUGCUUGUGCAAAAUCGGAUGGCAAUGGAAGAGCGAGACGAAAUGGCAAGCCAUCUCGACGAAGCAGCAGACAUCUCCGAAGGUUCGUUCCCGAACGACGAGAAGACGCAGAAGUAUGGCAACCUCCUGUUUCUGCUCCAAAGCGAGCCCCGACACAUAGCGCACCUUUGCCGGCUGGUCACCAUGGCAGAAAUCGACCAAUUACUGCAGACCGUUAUGUUCACGAUCUACGGUAACCAGUACGAAAGCAGAGAAGAGCACCUGCUUUUGACGAUGUUUCAGUCUGUACUAACGUGGCAGUUCGAUCACACGCCAGAGUACUCGUCCCUACUACGAGCCAACACCCCUGUUUCGCGGAUGAUGACGACCUACACGCGAAGAGGACCCGGUCAAAGCUACCUCAAGACCGUCCUUGCGGACCGAAUCAACUCACUAAUCGAGAUUAAGGAUCUCGACCUGGAGAUUAAUCCGCUCAAGGUGUACGAGUCCAUGAUUGAGAAGAUCGAAGCGAGUGGCGAACCACUUCCACCAGGCCUCCAGAAAGGCAUUACGGCAGAACAGGCUGCGGCGAACGAAAACGUGCAAAGGAUUAUUGCACCGCGCAUCGAGAUGCUGAUCGAGAUUGCCAACUCUUUUCUCGAUACCAUCAUAAUGGGCCUUGAAGACACGCCUUACGGCAUCAGAUGGAUCUGCAAGCAAAUCCGCAGUCUGACACGACGGAAAUACCCGGAUGCUCAGGAGCAAACAGUAUGCACGCUGAUAGGAGGCUUCUUCUUCCUGCGCUUCAUCAAUCCCGCCAUAGUCACGCCGCGGUCAUACAUGCUUAUCGAGCAGACACCCGCCGACAACCCGAAACGAACGCUCACUUACGUCGCAAAGAUGCUGCAGAAUCUGGCGAACAAGGCAGCCUAUGCUAAGGAGCCAUAUAUGGUCAAGCUGCAGCCUUUCAUCCACCAGAACAAGGAGCGCAUCAACAAGUUCAUGCUUGACCUUUGCGAAGUGCAGGACUUCUACGAGACGCUGGAGAUGGACAACUAUGUGGCCCUGUCGAAACGUGAUCUCGAGCUACAAAUUACACUUAACGAGGUGUAUGCGAUGCAUGCACUUCUGGAGAAGCAUACUUUUGAGCUCGCAAAGGACGAGAGCUCGCACUUGAACCAGCUGCUAUCAGAGCUCGGACCAGCUCCCGUGCAAUUACCGCGUAAGGACAACAGAAUUAUGAACUUGCCGCUCUUCAGUAGGUGGGAGACGCCGUUGGACGAUCUGACUGCGGCACUUGACAUCACGCAGGAAGAGGUCUACUUCAUGGAAGCAAAGGCCACUUUCGUGGUCAUCAUGCGCUCCCUUCCCUCCAACUCCGCCGUCAUGCGACGACCACUUCGGCUCGAUAAAGUCGCCGAAGCUGCUGCCACCACGAAGAACGACUCCGUCAUGGUCCGCAAAGGAAUCCGGGCAAUGGAGCUUCUCAACCAACUCCAAGAACUCGGCAUCAUUGACAGGGACGACAACUACGCCUUACUCCGCGACGAAGUAGAACAAGAACUGGUGCACCUUGGCUCACUUAAAGAGAGAGUUAUUGCCGAGACACAGAAGCUCGAGGAAGUCUUCCGCACGAUUCGCGACCAUAACGGGUACCUUGUCGGGCAGCUGGAGACGUAUAAGAGCUACCUUCACAACGUCCGGGGCCAGUCGGAAGGCAACGGCAUCCGGACGAAGAACAAUAAUAAAGUGCUUGGGCCGUACAAGUUCACACAUCAGGAGUUGGAGAAGCAGGGCGUCAUACAAAAGUCGAACGUGCCCGAGAACCGACGAGCGAAUAUAUUCUUCAACAUCACGAGUCCGAGUCCUGGAACGUUCGUCAUCAGCUUGCACUAUAAAGGCCGAAACCGCGGGUUGCUGGAGCUCGACCUAAAGCUCGAUGAUCUGCUCGAAAUGCAGAAGGAGCAGCAGGAGGACCUGGACCUGGAGUACGUGCAGUUUAACGUUACCAAGGUGCUGGAACUGCUGAACAAGCGGUUCGCGAGGAAGAGAGGCCGGUGAUAGAAGUGAGAACGACAUCUCGAUGUAAUACUACGAAGGUCUGCUUGCGAACAUUCGAAACCACGGGCGUUAUAGGCUGGCGAAAACAACGCUACGCGCUUUCUGGCAAUACUGGGGUGGGCGGUGCUUAUUGUUGUGAUACCCAGCGGUUGUGUGACGAGGUUGUACGAUUAAGUGGCGUGGGCAUGGGUGGGCAUGCAUUCUGGUUGCUGGUUAGGCUUUUGAGCAGCGCUAAUGUUGGUACUCUGUGGGGGCAACGUUGAAACCUAUACGCGCGAAGGAGCGUUAGCAUGUUAGCUGUACGAUAUCGGUGGAAUUUGAGCCACCUAAUCUUGGUUCGGUACUGCUUGUCACCCGGAAGCGAAUGUCACAAUGCUUCUGUGCAA